ACCAAUGUGAAGACGAUGCAAACAUGUGCUAUACAAUGCUCAGAAUACAACUACUUCGCUUUCCAAGAAUUCACCAGAGUCGCAUAUAACCUCCCGGAUAAAACGCGUACAAAAUGCUACUGUUUGGAUGACAGACAUGGGUUCCUUACCUUAGAGGGAUAUUGUUCAUACCCUUGUCCUGGCAGCCUUGGGCAAAUGUGUGGAGGUCCGAACACCAUUACAGUCUAUAAUUCAGAUGCAGGCACUACUUGUCCCCUUCUACGACAUCAUGACGAUGGCUUUUUCACAUCAAAUAAUGCCGACUGCUCAAAGAAACGAAGAUACAUUUGUCAAAAAGAAUUAUGUGGACAAAACUUUAUAGACAACCAAGGCUCCUUUACUUUUACGGGACAUGGCGAGACUGAUUGUAACUGGACAAUCAGUGUGGGGUCUCACGUGUCUGUGAACGUGGAUGCUGACAUGGGCACUUCUCGCUCGAGCUGUCAAUAUCACAAUCUUAGUAUCUUUACUCCAACCACGUCGAUCGCUGAUUUAAGACAGUCGUUAUGUAAGGAUGGAAAUAUCUUAUUCUCCGGACUGGGUCCAGUCUUCAUCCACUUAACGGCAGAUAGCUUACGGCCAACCACAAUGAACGUCCGAUGGGAGACAAAUACCACAAGCGACAGUACCAUAACCACUAAAAAGGGAGAUGUUAUAACAAGUAUUUCAACGAUACAUAACGAUGAGACGGAAGGCGUGAGCAAGUCAACGAUACAUAUCGAUAAGACGGAAGGCGUGAGCAAGUCAACGAUACAUAUCGAUAAGACGGAAGGCGUGAGCAAGUCAACGAUACAUAACGAUGAGACGGAAGACGCGAGCAAGUCAACGAUACAUAUCGAUAAAACGGAAGGCGCGGGCGAUGACCAACAGGGUGGGCAUCCCGAUGGAAACAAGGUUGCGUUGUAUGUCCCGGUCACGGUUACUAUGUGCGUUAUUGUUGCCGUCGCCAUCUUCAUAGCGAUAUGCCUAAGGCGAAAACGUAAACAGAAGAAAGCCAAAGGAAAGGUUGACGAACACAGUUAUUCAAACACAACAACUGAACAUCAAGCCAUUAACUCGUUACAAAGCCAUACUGAACGUGAACUGGGGGAAUAUACAGCGCUUUAUAAACCACAAGGAUCUGUGGCUAACGCGAAAAGCCAAGACUAUGCCGUUCUACACCAGCAGCUAGAGCCAGCCCACUCGCCCGACGACACAGAGUACACGGAGGUGAAUCCUUAUGUGAACGGUUAAAAGAAACGGUAGAGAUAGGCACUGAAUCCGGUGUGGGAAAAAGACAAACCAAGUCAUGUUACCUUUUUGUUUUGGUGACAACAACAUUCAUCUUGUAGCUUUGUCUGUAUAGAAACAGUAUAUAUAAAACUAUACUUCCAAAAUUUGAAUACUUCGCCUGUCGGUAUAAUUGAACUAGAUAUUAUAUACAAACUUAAAUGUAAAAGAGGCUACUAUGACCUUGUGUUUAAAAUUAUUAGGCGUCAUACAUUAUUCAUGUUCAAUAGUCCUACUAAGUCUGAUGACCUUAGUAUCAAGAGGUUUAAUAGAAUGAGUGGAAAUCUUUUUGAGGACUCUAUAACAAGUUUUAUUCACAAGUAUAUGAUUGGAAACGAAAGUUUCAAGACGAUGACAAGGACAGCGUCGGAAAAAGUGAUCCCUGUGUGUGUGUGUUUAAGACAGAAAGAAAUAAUGGUUUUACAUAAUGUACAUAAACCUCCUUAAAGAAAUGCAUUGAUGCAUUUAUUUCCACCUUAACGUGUACCUUUUUUUAUAGGACUUAUUUGAUAUAACGCAUCGUUUUGAGUUUCAUUGUAAAACUGAGCACAUUCGGGGUCUCUUGUUUUAGUUAUUUUAUUCACAUACAUGUAUGCUGAAUAAAAACACAAUAAUCACUCAUUUAUGAACC